AUGGCGGUGACAGUCGGUCUAGGUGACCUAAAUGGGAUAAGCAGUGAUCUGUCCAGUGUUUUGGGGUCUGAGAAAUUGGCAGACAGCCAAAAUAGCGACAGAUUGAGAGAUUUCUAUAAGAAACUAAUACAAACCGACGCACAAAUAAAACGACUCAAAGAAUCACUAGCUCACAAUUAUCAAACAGAGACUGAUAUAAAAUCGAUAUCGGAAAGAUUUAAACGGUCCAUGGAAGAUACAGUUGAUUUCAACAAUGAACUCAAUGCAGAUAGCAAUAAGGUUCAUAAUAACAAUGAUCAGUAUAAGAAUGCGAUUGUUUAUAAUGCUAAAGAAUUAAACAAGCGUGGUAAAAGAGAUAAUAAUACAAAAUUAACAGGCUUUGUCGUACAGAAGGAAAAGUACUACGUACAAUAUGAGCCAAUAGUUCAGAGAAGGAAUUUCCCCAAGUGCUACCAUGGACACAACGGUAAAUAUCACGAGAAGAAACUAAAGCAUCCGUUUUACAAGAACAGCCAACGUUUAGACGAAAUGCUUUAUCAAAGUGAUGAUGGAAAAACUACUAUAAAAGAUAAAGCAAAUUAUAAAACAACCAGAAAGCCACAAGAAGAUCCUAGAUAUAGAAUUAAAAAUAAUGAUUACGUUGAGAAAGAUGAGGAUUACAAUGAUGUAUUGGAUACAUUGAAUUUUACUAUAGCUAAAAAUUUCUCAGAUAUGAGUCCAGAUUAUUUUGAGAAUAAACAAGUAAAUAUACCGCAGUCGACUAUUGAAUCUAUAUUUACACAGACGAAAACACCCAAAGACCCUAAUGAAAAGAAAUUCGAGUUCGGACGAAAGCUGAUGCAAGUUAAUGAAGAAGAUGAAGAAGCACUAAGAUAUGAUGAUUUAAAAGAAGUGUUGGCUGAUGAUCAGGAUACGCAUGACGAAACAGACAAGCAAGUUGAAAGAAUUAAGCGUAAUAAUGACGACAACACACCAACAAACUUCAUGAAAACCAACCCGUCGCCCGGUAUUUACAAUCCCAACUGGAAAGGACCAAUGCCAUUAUAUCCAGACGAAAUUAACGCCAUGAUCAAACAAGCGGCCCUUCACAACCUUAACAUACAAGUACCAGUUGAUACGAAAGAUAUUAAAAUCGAAAAAGACAAAGCGGAACGCGAUAUAACAGACACAGAGUAUGUGGAAGAUUAUCUUGAUGAUAAAUACAAUAAAUUAGUUAAUAUGGCACAAGCGUACAGUGAUUAUGGAGUACUUGAUGCUAAGCAGGAUAUGAAUAGUGCAACAACUAAAGGAACAGAGAAACCGGAGGAGGGGAUGAAGGUGUUUAGUGAUGUUAGGAAUGGUCGUAUGAAGAAAGGUGGCAUUCAAUACGAUCCAGAGGGCGUGAGAAUCGAAUACAAACCAGGCACAGUAUCACAAAAGAACGAUAUCAAAUGUCUACUGAAUUCCAUCCGGAAACACAUUAGAUUUGUAAAACCACACAAAGUUGUUUGUCCCGUUACACCUCAUACAAGAUCAACAGCAGCUGACAAAGUAUACACUCCUGCACAAACAACAGAUAACGUAAAAACGCCAAAUAAAGAAGCAAAUAAAGUUAUUUUCACACUAAAGAAACCGCUGAGAUCACUCAAGUCGAUUGAUGAUGAAAAAAAGGAAGUAGUGAAGGCAAAUGAUACAAAUGGUUUUGGUGAAUUCUUGGCAAUGAUGGCGGACUUCUUUUUCUCUAUGGCUAAUGAGCCUAGAGAGAUAAAAGGCAAUGCGACAAAUUUUAAUGUCUCCAAAGAAAGCACAAACAUAGUAAACAAGAGUGAAAUACUAUAUCCAAUGUACGAUUCAGAAAUGAUUGAAAAUAUUGGUCAUCGAUCUAGAGUGCUGAUGUCUAUUGAUGAUAAUAUAACAGCUACUGAAGAAAAUAAUAAAACUAAUGUUGCUCUUCAUAAUGGAACAGUUGCCAAUACAACGUUAACAUCAGUAAAUGGUACGAAUAACACUACCAGUGAUAAUAAAACCCACGAAAAUAACAAGACAGUAGUCAAAAGAAGUAUUGGUAGUAAUUUCAUUUUCUGGAACGAUCUUUACGAUGACGAUGAAUACGGAAUGAAAGUUGAUUAUCUAGACAAUAUACUUAGAGGAAAACACGCAGCAAAAUAUAAUUAUAAAGGGGCGCUAUUGAAAUCUAAAGAUUGGGUGCAGGAUAAAUUAAAAACUAUGACGGAUAAAAUACGUGACGAUAUCAAUCAGAAAUGGAAACUCGUUGAGGAUAGAAAAGAUCAAAAGAAACCUAACCCAAAUAUGCUGCCCCACAAAAUUGUGAAUGUCCGUCGAAUGAGAAGCAUUGAUAACAAUAAUGGUGAAGAUGACGUUAGAAAGACUUUUGCAAUACUAAAUGCAAAUUUAAAACGUGUAUGUAAACAGGCAGCGGAAGCUGUCAGGAAUACUAGGAAAAUUGAAACACGUGCAGACAACGAAGAGGGAACACAAGCCACGGGUCUAAUGCAGCAACUCGUACGACUCAUGUCUGACCUGGUGGAUAUACAAGUGCAGCAGAAGACGUGUGCAAAACUACCACCAGACCUACGUGACUUUUUAGAAUGGCUGACAGCACCGCCAGAGAACAACCCGAUUGUAGACAACCUGCCAUCUCUCUCUGAAUACAGUCACAUGUUUCCUGAUGGACGAUUUGAAAAGUCUACAGACUUGUACGAUUUACCAACACUAACAGAGGACACGCAUCAAGAUGACAGAACGGAGUGUUUGGGAUCGAUCCGCGCUGUCCAGGAUCUGAUACAGCAGUAUGAUGGAAUGACUGAUGAGGACAAGAGCAAAAUGGCCGGAGUGAGAGAGUAUUUAGAAAAUCAGCUGGAGUUCUUAAACAGGAAGUUAAACAGUCUCAAUGAAUAUGACACAUUCAACUACAAAAAGAGAGAAGUGAGAAAUAAACGAAGCCUCAAGAAGCCAAGAUUCAGAAGGCUCCUUAACAAAUAUCUGUUUUACAAGACACCAGACCCAACAACAACACUGAAAGCGAAUACAAAAACAAAACACAAGCAUAAUAAAACUAAAAAACACAAGAAAAAAUAUAAAAAGGGUAAAAAAGAAGAAUUAAUUGCAAAAGGACCGCAAAAGGUUAAAACGGAACACGAGAAAUUGGAAGAGGAAUUAAAACACUUAAAUAAUAUCGAUAUUGUUACUAAAGAAAAUGUAAAUAAAGGAUUUGCAGAAUACAAUAAUGAUUUAAAUUCACAAGAAGAUAAUAUAAAUAAUGGUGUAUAUUUUAAUGAUAAAUUGGACGCCAUUGAUACUAAAGUAAGAAAUGAAAGAAAUCUCAGAGAUGUGUAUUUUAGAGCGCUAGAUGAAGCUAAAAAGACGACUGUGAAGAAGAAUGAUUGA